AUGGAAAGAAAACACCCGACAGGACUAUGUGAUGAAUGUCAGGAGGAGGAAUCAAUUAAGCACAUCUUUAUAUCAUAUGCUCCUAAAAACACAUCGGUGAGGAUAAAUCCAGCUGGUUUAGUUCUGGAGGGCCGUUCAGUGACUCUGAGCUGCAGCAGUGAUGCAAACCCAGCGGUGAACUACACCUGGUACAGAGACACUGAAAGACCUCUGAAUCCAGUUCAGACCGGACCAAACCUGACCAUCAACAACACCGACCCGACACACAGCGGACGAUACUACUGUACAGCUGAGAACAAACACGGCACACAGAACUCAUCAGUGCUGCUGGACGUCCAGUAUGCUCCAAAAAACACAUCGUUGUCAGCGUUUACCUCCAGCUCAGUGAUGGAGGGCGAUCCAGUGACUCUGAGCUGCAGCACUGACGCAAACCCAGCAGAGCUCAACUACACCUGGUACACAGAGACGGGAUCUCAAUUUGAGCUCCUCCAGACUGGACAUAAUCACACCUACAUUGUGACAAACCCCACAUACGAUGCACAGUAUGGCUGUAAAGCUCAGAACCAGCAUGGCCAAUGCAAUGCAACAAUUCAACUUGAUGUUCAGU